AUGAGACCAUGUAUUUUUAUUCAUGGUCCAAAGAGUUCAGGGAAAUCUUCUAUAAGAAAAGUUGUUUUUGAGAAAAUGUCUCCAAAUGAAACAAUAAUUCUUCCAACUAUUCCUGUAAAUAAUAGGGAUUAUAUUAACAAUUCUUUUAUAAACCUCGAGUUAUUUGAAUUUCCUGAUGGUAGUAUUUUUGAAUCAUCUAAUGAUGAUCUUUCACCUAGAAAAAAUCUUAAACGUUGUGAGGCUUUUAUAUUUAUAAUUGAUGCUCAAGGUGAUGUAGAUGAAGCUUUAAAAUUACUUUCUAAGGAAAUAUUAGAAGCCUACAAUAUAAAUGGAGAAAUAUACUUUGAGAUUUUAAUUCAUAAAAUUGAUGGUAUAAAUGAAGAGGCUAGAAUGGAUAUUAAAAGAAAAAUUUUUCAAUAUAUUCAGGAUUGGAUGAUUGAAGAAGAGAUUGAUGAUAUUAAAAUUAAUUAUCAUAUGACUUCUAUUUUCGAUCAUUCUAUUUUUGAAGCAUUUAGCAAGAUAGUUCAAAAAUUAUUGAGAAAAAUUGGUUCAUUUGAAAGUUUUUUAGAUAUGUUCAAUCAAGGAACAAAUAUCGAAAAAAGUUUCAUUUUUGAUCUUACUUCGAAAGUCUACAUUGCAACAGAUUCAGCACCUGUUGACAUGGCUACAUAUGAACUUUGUUGUGAUAUGAUUGAUGUAGCAAUUGAUGUAUCUACAAUUUAUGGGAAAAACAAAAGUGGUAUAACAUUUAACGAGUACUCUGCAGCUCAAUUUACAUUACGUACAAAACAAGUUUUGUUCAUGAGACCAAUAAACAAAUAUCUGGCUUUAUUAGCUAUAGCACGAACCGAGAAUUGCGAAAACGAAAGUACCAUAAAUUUUAAUCUUAAAGAAUUCAGAAGUUGUGUAUAUGAUGUCCUAGAAAUUGCCAAAAAGAAGAUGUCAAAGAAAAUUGAAGGAAACACAUGUUGUUAG